AGUGACGUUUUAGUAAAAUUAAGAAUAUUUGGAGGUUUGAGUUUGUAGUUUUUACAUACUGCUAAAAAAUUUUAUAGUGUAGACUUAAUAUUUAAAUAUAUAUUUUAUAAAAUUCAAAUUAUGGGGGAAGAGUUUUUAAGUAAACCGCUGUCUUUUGCUUCUCCUCCAGUCGAAGAACCGAAAACCGCACGAUCACUUUCGUCGGCGUUUGGUGCUCCUGUUUCUCCUUACCUGAAUUACGAUCCACGAUUUUUACAACAAGCGCAACCGGAGUUUAUAUUUCCAGAAGGUGCCAGUAAACAGCGCGGCAGAUUUGAAUUGGCGUUUUCGCAAAUUGGAUCAUCAGUCAUGGUAGGAGCUGGAAUAGGUGGUGUUGUAGGAUUUUAUAAUGGAAUACGAACAACUGCUGCUAUGAACCAAACAGGAAAAUUAAGACGGACACAAAUGUUAAAUCACAUAAUGAAACAAGGAUCAGGUACUGCAAAUACGUUAGGAACCCUUGCAGUUAUGUAUUCAGCUUUUGGAGUUCUAUUGCAAUAUACGCGGGGAGAAGACGACGAUAUUAAUACGCUAGUUGCUGGCACAGCAACGGGACUCUUAUACAAGUCAAGUAGUGGUCUUCGAAGGUGUGCUCUUGGCGGAGGUGUUGGUCUUGGAAUAUCCGCGUUAUAUUGUAUGUAUCAAUAUUCACGCUCAAAAUCAAAUGGAAACUAUAAGUUUUUGUAAAUUUUAUAACCGUGUGGACUUUACAAAAUUAUUAUUAAGCGGAGGAACUGUUAUAAUAAUUU